AUGGAUAUACAUGAUCCUAUCAUUGGUAUACUAAGUAUCAGUAUUGCAGAAGCAAGAGGACUACCAAAAAUGGAUUUAAAUGGGUUUGCAGACCCAUUUGUUUCUGUUACCUUUGGUGGAAAUAAGAUUCACAAGACUGCUACCAUCAAGAAAUCACUAUCACCAAGUUGGAAUGAACAAUUCAAUGUUAUCAUUAGAGAAUCUCAAUCAAAUUAUACUAUGACCUUUACAGUUUGGGAUUGGGAUAAAGCUACUCAAAAUGAUUUGAUUGGAAAUGUAGAAAUUGAAAUAGCUAAUAUUCUAAAGAGUCAACAACAACAACAACAACAACAAGAUAGUUGGUACAAUAUUAUUAAAAAGGAAAAAGAAAGAGGAGAAUUACAUUUAACCUUUAAAGUUGUAACACACCAAGAAGUAAACACUGCAUUUUGGUCUAGUAUUUGUAGACAUUUCUCACACAUGGACAAUGAAGAGUUAAAUAUUACCGAUUUCACUGCUCUUAUAACCAGUGUCGAUGAAACAUUCCCAGAACCAGAUAUUAACUUGCUCUUUGAAGCAGCUGAUACCAAUAGAGAUGGUUCGAUUCAAUUGAACGAGUUGGAAAACUUUUUCACCAAUACCUCUACCGGUGAAGAUCUGUCCAAUCGUUUAUUGUCUGGUAAUCCAAAUUUGAUUUGGGAUGUCUAUGCAAUCUCUGACAGUUAUUCUACCAUUGCCGAUAAUAUAUUACAUUACAAAUCAAGUGGUUCAUUGAAAUCACUUCCAGGACAUGAACCAAAUAGAAAGGUAAAGGUGAUAUUGGUUCACAAUAGAGAGACUGGUAAACUUGAAGAAGAAAAGGUACCUCAUUAUAUUGAAGUUGCUCUAAGAGUUAUGUAUGCUACCUCUUCCGGUAGAUCUGCUGUAAAUAAGCAACAAGUUAAAAAGUUGUUAAAAUAUUUAACUGCAAAGACUGGUCGUAAAUAUAAUUCACCUGAAAGUAUUAAAGAAAUUGCACCAUUUAUCAAGUUUCAUAACUUAAAUAUUGAUGAAAUAUUGGAUCCAAUUAUUACAUUCCAUAACUUUAAUGAGUUCUUUAUUAGAAAAUUAAAAACUAGUGCUAGACCUAUUUUUGAACCAAUGAAUCCUAAAAUAUGUGUAUCACCAGCAGAUUGUAGAAUGAAUGUUUAUUCAUCAAUUGAUAUUGCAAAACAAUUAUGGAUUAAAGGAAAAGGAUUUAAUUUAGUUAGUUUAUUACAAAAUGAACAAUUGGCUGAACAAUACCAAGGUGGUUCAUUGGUUAUUGCCCGUCUAAGUCCACAAGACUAUCACAGAUUCCAUUCACCCGUUGAUGGUAUUGCUGGACCAACUACACCCAUUGAUGGAAAUUAUUUCACAGUCAAUCCCGUUGCAGUCAAUCAAGAAGAUAUUGAUGUAUACACUGAAAACAAAAGAGCCUACACCAUUGUUCAAUCUGAGGAAUUUGGACAAGUCAUCUUUAUUGCUGUUGGUGCUACCAUGGUUGGUUCCAUCAAUGUCUCUGUAGCAGAGAAUCAAAAGGUACAAAAGGGAGAUGAAUUUGGUUGGUUCAGCUUCGGUGGGUCAACCAUAUUGCUACUUUUUGCACCAAAUACCAUUGAAUUUGACAAGGAUCUAUUGGUAAACAGUAACAAACCAAUUGAAACUUAUAUUAAAGUUGGUGAUUCUAUUGGAAAAUCACUAAAAAACUAA